GAGGACGGAGUAUGGAAACCAUUUCAGCGUGGAUUUUUAGUUUCAUGCACUUCAAUCUUGGAACUAUCAAGCUAUUUACUCACAGAACGAGGUUUUGAAUAUUUUCUUCCUAGCAGAGGUCUGCAAGACUGUUUGGAAAACUUAUUCUCAUGUGUAAGAUCUGAUAAUCCCAAGCCAAAUGCAAUUCAAGUACGAGAUGCAAUCAAAAAUAUUGCAAUAUCUGAAUAUUUGUCAGCCCCAGUUGCAAAUGCUUCGUAUCAAUGGGAUGAAAGCACUUUUCUGAAUGGUUUCUUGAAUGUGGUUCGUGCUGUCAGAGAACAAAACCAAAUUGCUACCAAAAAUAUGCUUAGGGGCCAUUCACAAAUUACGCACGCGGCGGACGAAAAUGAUAAAACAGAACUUAAAUCUGAUACGUUCGAUUUGAACAUUUCUAAAGUAAUUGUUAGCCGACGCGAACAAAACGUUCUUUACAAGAUAAGCUGUUACAUAUUGUAUAAAGUAGCAUCUUCGACGAAAAAGAUGCACUGUGAUACAUGCCUGUCUUAUUGUCGUGCGGUUCAUGUUGAUGAGUCCCUACCGUACACAUCGCUGAUGCGCCAGCCAAAUUUCAAAUAUCACAGCCAAAACUAUAUUCACCAUCUGACAAAUGUCGUGUUUAUGUAUUUCUUACAUAUGGAAAAGGUGUUCAGAUUGGUUCACCCUAUUCUUUCUGGAAAAAAGAAAAAUAAUUUGGGCUAUUUGAUCCGAGAUUACAUUCUCGAUAGCGGUUUUAAGUGUGACAUUCCAAACUGUCAUUCACUACAGAAGACACUUACAACUCGGUUUGUUGAAUUCCGUCUUAAAAAUUCUGGAAAAGAUAGAUUAAAGAAAAGAAAUUUCGAUUUCAGCAGUCACACUAUGAACUGAUUUCACAAUUUACUGUUAACACAUUUUAUGAAAUUUAAAAAAAAAGAUUAAAAAAUGAUUGGU